AUGUCUCACCCUCCGCCGCUGCUCCACCACUUAUUCUUCUUCUUCUUACUCGUCAUCGUCUCCGGUGCUGAGCCAAGCAGCAGCUGUGGCGGCGGGACCGAACGCUGCGGCGACCUUCUCCUCCCAUUCCCCUUCCACCUCAACUCCUCCUGCUCAUCCGCCGCAGAUGCUAACUCGUCGUCUCUCUUCCGCCUCUCCUGCGUUAACGCCACCCUCACCUUCCCGCUCGGCGCCACCUUCCGUGUCCUCGACUUCCUCCGGGGGGGCACGUCGCUCCUGCUCGACUACGCCGCCACCACCGCCGCGCCCUGUGAUCCGGCCUACGCUGCGUUCUCCCGCGCGUCAUCCCCGGCGGCCGCUCUUCAUGCAGCUGCGCCCUUCCUCGCCGUCUCGCCAAGCAACGUCCUCCGUCUCUACGCCUGCGAGGACUCCUCGCUCUGCCGCGCCGGCUGCGACGACGUGGCAGCCGCAUGCGCUGGCGGAAAGAAUUCGACGCCCGCGGCCGCCGGGUGCUGCUACCCGCUCUCUGACGGAAGCGUGUGGAAGCCCGGGGACGGGCUCGCCGUGUUCGCCGGCUUCGGCUGCCGAGGAUUCUCCAGCUGGGUCAAGAAUCCCUCGUCGUCGGCAGGAGGCGUGACCAGAGGUAUCGAGGUGGAGUGGGCCGUGCCGCGGGGCAGCGCCCUCGCGGCCUGCGCCGACGGCGCCGUGCUUGUCAACGCCACGGCGGUACGUGGGGGCGUGCGGUGCACGUGCCCCGCCGGGCUCGUCGGCGACGGCUUUGCGGGUGGCACCGGCUGCUCCAAGCGGCUCCCCUGCGGCAAUGGAGACGGCACGGGCGCCGAGUGUUGCCAGGGGAGGUUCUGCUCAAAGAAGGCGGUGGCGCUCGCCGGGUUCUUCGCGUCGGUGUUCUUCCUCGCCGCAGCGGCCUCGUUCUGGCUGUUCCUCAGGCAGCCGUCGUCUUCCUCCGGCGACGGGACGAGACGGUGGGACCUGGACCCGGCGUGCAUCCCCAAGAUCCUCGGCAGCGUGUGCAACGCGAGGCAGUUCACUUGCGAAGAGCUGGACGCGGCGAAGAGACGGUUCGACGACAGCCGCGACAAGGCCGUCGACGUGGCUGGAGCUCAGGCCCUUUGCAGCAUGGUGCACGCCGGAGUGCUUGACGACGGCACCGUGGUGGCGGUGCAGAGGAUCGGGUACGAGACGCAGGACAAGCUGAGGUUGGCUCUCGACGCGGUCUCGAUCCUGCCGGAGGUCUCCCACCGGAACAUCGCCCGCGUCGUCGGCUUCUGCCUCCUAGACCCUGCCACCCGCGCGCUGCUGCUGGUGCACGAGCACUCCGCGGGCGGCACGCUGGAAGACCACCUGCGCCGAACGGUCGCCGGCGGCCGCGCCGCCCUCAGCUGGCACCACCGCGUCAACAUCGCGAUCGAGCUCGCCAGCGCGCUGGCCUACCUGCAGGCGCUGGACGGGGCGCCGACGUUCCUCCACGACCUGAGAUCCAGCGACGUGUUCCUCGACGCCGACCUCGCCGCCAAGAUCGCGGGCCACAAGAUCGUCUCCUCCACGGCGGCCACGACCAACUACUAUUACUACUACGGCACCGACGCGGCAGCGCGGGAGCAGGACGUGGUGUGCAGCUUCGGGCUGCUGCUGAUCGAGCUGCUCACCGGGCUGCGCCACCAUGACCCGUUCGACUCGGUGGCGCCCAAGGUCCGGGAAGGGAGGCUCCACGAGGUGAUCGACCCAACGCUGCUCCUGGCCUCGUCCUCGUCCUCGUCGUCGGGGAGGAACCAGCUGCCGGCGACGGCGGAGGAGGUUCGGAAGGUGCUGGAGCUGGCGGUGCGGUGCCUGCUCAGCGCGGAGAACGGGAUGGGGAUGGUGGCGGCGGCGCGGGAGCUGGUGCACGUCGUCAGGGGCGACGACAUGGGGAGCAGCAGCAAGAUCGACAUCUCGCUGGAGGAGACCUUCUCCAGCUCCAGCCUGCUGCAGAUGAUCUCCAUGUCGCCGGACACGCUCCACCGCCACCUCCCAUGAAUCACCUACGACGGACAUGCGUGUAUAUGCUUGUGGAUAUUCAGUGCAGACUGCAGGCUCAAGAUUCAGUGUGCACCUCUUCUUCUUUCACAAUAAGA